UUCUAGUCUCCUCGCUCCUUUUCCCUCCUGGAUAUUUGGAUGCACCGAUGAGAGAUCCAGCUUUCUCGGGGACUGCCAUGGCUUACCACCCUUUUCACGCUCCCAGACCAGCCGAUUUCCCCAUGUCUGCAUUCCUAGCUGCGACUCAGCCCUCCUUCUUCCCGGCUCUGGCGCUGCCCUCGGCUGCUCUGGGUAAACCCCUCACCGAUCCCAGCCUGGCUGGAGCCGCCGAAGCUGGCCUGCACAUCUCGGCGCUGGGACACCACCACCAAGCUCAUCUGCGCUCACUCAAGUCCCUGGAGCCAGAUGAGGAGGUGGAAGACGACCCCAAAGUCAACCUGGAGGCUAAGGAACUGUGGGACCAGUUCCACAAACUGGGCACCGAAAUGGUCAUCACCAAGUCUGGAAGGAGAAUGUUCCCUCCGUUUAAAGUGAGAGUGAGUGGCUUGGAUAAGAAGGCCAAAUAUAUUUUAUUAAUGGAUAUAGUGGCAGCCGAUGACUGUCGGUAUAAAUUCCAUAAUUCUCGCUGGAUGGUGGCUGGCAAGGCUGACCCAGAGAUGCCCAAGCGUAUGUACAUCCACCCUGACAGUCCGGCCACUGGGGAGCAGUGGAUGGCUAAACCUGUUGCUUUUCACAAGCUCAAGCUCACCAACAAUAUCUCAGACAAACAUGGCUUUACCAUCUUGAACUCGAUGCAUAAGUACCAGCCCAGGUUUCAUAUUGUGAGAGCCAAUGACAUUCUGAAACUUCCCUAUAGCACUUUCAGGACCUAUGUGUUCCCAGAGACUGAUUUUAUUGCAGUGACUGCUUAUCAGAAUGAUAAGAUCACACAACUGAAAAUCGAUAACAAUCCUUUUGCUAAAGGAUUUCGAGAUACGGGUAAUGGAAGACGAGAGAAAAGGAAACAGCUGACUCUCCCAUCCCUGAGGAUGUAUGAAGAACAGUGCAAGCCAGACAGGGAUGGGGCAGAUUCAGACGCCUCUUCUUGCGAUCCUGCCCCAGGCAGGGACACUUUGCACUCCCCUCUGAGUACUGAGCCCAGUCCUCUGAGACUCAGCCGCAGUAAUAGAGAUGAGAAAUACAGCGCAGACAGCGACCAAGAAUUAGAACGUCGUGAAGUGAGGACUGCCAGAGGUCACAGCAGUCCUGGAGGACCUAUAUCUAGCCCUAACAGCCCCAGACUAGAGGACAGGGGCAAAGAGAAAGCCACACCUGACAAGAAGACCGAGACACCUGAAGGCCGCAAGGACAGUGACAGCAUAUUCAGUGCCAGGAGUUUAGAGAAGGAGAAACUGGAGAACAGGAGGAAAGAGGACACGAAAACUGACCAAGAAUGUGGAGGUUUGAGUAAAGAGACCUUCUCCCCACUCAUGGUACAGACAGAAAGCCCACCACACUUGAGUGCAAGUCAUCUGCAGAGUUUAGCAUUGUCUGGCUUCCACGGGCAGCAGUUCUUUAACCCCUUGAAUGCUGGACAGCCCUUGUUCAUCCACCCAGGACAAUUUGCCAUGGCACCUGGGGCUUUCUCAGCCAUGGGUAUGGGACAUUUGUUGGCCUCUAUGACAGGAGCAAGCGGCCUGGAUAAUGGAGGUCUCGCUUCAAUGCAAGGAACAGCUGGUGCAGCUACUCCCUUCCCCUUCCACCUAUCUCAGCACAUGCUGGCCUCUCAGGGAAUCCCGAUGCCCACUUUUGGAGGGCUCUUCCCCUACCCGUACACCUACAUGGCGGCUGCAGCAGCAGCAGCGUCGGCGAUGCCAGCGACCAGCGCUGCCAGUACCACUAUGCCAAGGAACCCUUUUCUCAGCAGUACUCGUCCUCGCCUACGCUUCAGCCCAUACCAGAUGCCUGUGGGCAUCCCCCCCAGCACUAACCUUUUAACCACUGGAUUGCCAUCAAGCCUCAACCCGGGAUCUGAGAGCUCCAAGCCUGGCAGCAGCCGAGAAUCCAGCCCCAUCCCAGACACUCCUGUCCACAAGAGGUCCCACUCUAGCUCUCUGUCCCCAAAGACCUCUAUGAAGGAUUCCAUAAACGAGCUUCAGAACAUUCAAAGACUGGUCAGUGGUCUGGAGAGCCAACGAGAGGUCUCCCCAGGUCGGGAGACCCCCAAAUGACUGGCACCUCCUCUCCAUCACCUGA